UCCUCUUUCUCAUUUUGCUUUUUCUUCUUUAUUUCUUUCUCUUGUCAUUUUUUCUCUCCCUUUUUUCUGUCACCGAUCAUCGUCGGGGAAGUGGUGCGCCCCCCUUUUCUCUUCGCUUCUUGUCCUGCACUGGAUAAGGCAGAAGGAGAAGCUGCGCCCUUCCAUUUUAUCUUUUCUUUUGGAAGGGCUCUGCUGUUCCCCUCCUUUUUACCGUCAAUCUCCCUCUCUCUCUCUCUCUGUUUGAUUGCGAAAAAGGGAGUGUGUAACCCUUUUCCAUACCCUUCUUCAUUUUUUGCGGUCGAGAGUAAAGAGAGUGAGGAGAAAAUCGUAGAAUUUUUUCUUCUUGCAGUGUUUGUACGAAGAAGCCGAAAUAUAUGAAUGACAUUGUGCAUGUGUUGUAUCGAUCGAUUCAUUUGUCACUUGGAUUGUUUUGACGUGUAUCUACCGUAGUCAAUUAUUUUUAAGAGACAUUGCAUAUUUAAGAUGUCUUGUUGAACAGUGUGGGCAAUACAUGAGAAGUAGAUGUUGAAGGUUGACUGUUGCUUAGGGCGUGCAUCACGGUUGGGGUUUAUACAAUUUACAAUGGCCAAUCAGGGAGCGAAAAAGCGGAAGGAAGAAAACCACCGUCACAUGAAGAACCUACUCUAUCUUAUUGUGGUUUGCAAUGCAAUAUAUGUCCUUAUUCGGCUGCUUAUCUUUCAUUCAACAUUCACAUGGAAGCAUUGGAUUGGCCUUGUUAUAACUUCAAUGGCCUACGGAUUGUCUUAUCAGCAACUCUCUUUGAUGGCAAAGCCAACAUAUAGUGAUGAAGGGGAGUUGCUUGAUGGGGGUUUUGAUAUGAAUACAGGUGGAGUUUGUGGGUAUUUGCAUGAUGUGAUCUACAUUACGUGCUUUGUCCAACUGAUGUCAAUUCUAUCUGGAAAAUUUUGGUACACAUAUCUAGUGAUACCAGCAUUUGGAUUCUACAAACUUUUUGAUGUUUCGAAGGGGUUCCUGUUCCAAGGUUCAGAGAGUGCGGUUGAAGAAGACGAGAAGAGCCGGAAAAAGAGAGAAAAGAUGGAGAAGAGGGCAUCGAGGCCCAAACUUGUUAGAACAAGGUAUCGAUGAUUGUGCUUGCCUUAGGAGAGCACCGCAGCUGAUUUCUUUAUCUGGAAGAUCCAGUUUAUGACGGUUUAAAGAUGGAAACUGCACUUGUUUCUGUCUCUGAUGGGAACCAGACGUCACUACAGAUAGUGAAUAGGACUUUUGAAAACAGUUGUAAACAUUAUCAAGGGCGAUCUUGUUGUACAUUACUCGAGGUUCCUUCUUUCGCAACCAUUGACAGAUCCUUGUACCCCAAAGACGUAGUUGUUCGCUCGUUGCUCCCAGUCUCACGUUUGCAUUUCUGUUUGUUGAUGAUGAACAUGGUGGAACUGAAGAAAUUUUUCUCGACUGGGUGGUUACCAACAAAACGUUGUUUUACCGACGGCCUGAUUUAUAUGGGAUUGAAUAAAAUCGUAAAUGAAACAAGAUGUAUUUGGUGUG